UUUAUUUCCAAUUCCAAUUCAGAGCGCGCCGCGUGCGCUCCACUAAUCGCUGGCCAUAUUGUUUAUUCCGAAUAGAUUGUAAUCUCGGUUUUUGUUCCUGUUUUUAAUAUAUAUACUGUGUUUGUAGUGCGAAUUUUCAAAGCCCUGAGUGUAUAAUAUAAUCCAGACUAUAUUGUAGUUUGUAGUUUGUCGCGCGGAGAUGCUCAGUUCUGUGUAAGCCCCACAAGGGGAAGCAAAUAUUUGGAAAGUGGCCGGAAAAGAUAAAAACGCUUGCUGAAAUUACCUCAUAAUUGUAAUUGCGGCUAAACAUGGGCCGCACCCCCAAACUGCACCUGGUGGGCAAGGCCUACUCGGAGAUGUCGCCCUUGAACCCGGAUCCCCUGCAGGACUCGCCGACCACCAGUAGUGCCGCCCAGGCGGAUCGCCGGGCCGAGCAGGGCGGCUACGGCAGCAUCUUUCCCUUCGGCCUGCUGCGGGGCUCCUUUGGGCGUGGCGGCAAUUCGAUCCAGAACAUAAAUCGCUACGGAGACUCCAUGGGUUCGCUGGGACAUCGCGCCUUGCUGCAGUACAUCGACAAUAAUGAUAUAUCCGGUCUGCGGGCCAUCUUGGAUAGUCGGCAUCUGACGAUCGACGAUCGGGAUGAGAAUGCCACUACCGUCUUGAUGGUGGUGGCCGGACGCGGCCUGACCUCUUUUGUCCGCGAGUUCCUGGCCCGCGGUGCUGAUGUUCAGGCGGAGGACUUGGACAACUGGACAGCUCUGCUGUGUGCCUCUCGAAACGGUCACUUUGAUGUCGUCCAACUACUGCUGGAUCACGGCGCUGAGAUCGAGCACCGCGACAUGGGUGGCUGGACCAGUCUGAUGUGGGCAGCCUAUCGGGGGCAUACGGAGCUAGUGCGUCUACUGCUGGACAAGGGAGCCGAUGGCAAUGCCCAUGGCAACUACCACCUGGGAGCCCUGUUGUGGGCCGCAGGACGUGGCUACAAGGACAUCGUGGAGCUGUUGGUACAGCGCGGCGCCAAGGUCAACGUGGGAGACAAGUACGGAACCACGGCGCUCGUCUGGGCCUGCCGGCGGGGAAACGUCGAGAUUGUGGACACUCUGCUGAAGGCUGGGGCGAACGUGGAUACAGCAGGGAUGUAUUCGUGGACUCCCCUGCUGGUGGCAGCCUCCGGCGGACACACCGACUGCGUUAGUUCCAUUCUGGAGAAGAAACCGAACGUGAAUGCUUUGGACAAGGACGGCAUGACCGCUCUGUGCAUAGCCGCCCGAGAGGGGUACCAGGAUAUAGCCGCCUCCUUGAUAGCCGCUGGUGCUUACAUCAAUAUCCAGGACCGCGGAGCAGAUACUCCUCUGAUCCACGCAGUGAAGGCGGGACACCGUACUGUGGUGGAGGCUUUGCUGAAGAAACACGCCGAUGUGGAUAUCCAGGGAAAGGAUCGCAAGACGGCCAUUUACACGGCCGUGGAGAAGGGUCACACCCCGAUCGUCAAGCUACUGCUGGCCACCAAUCCCGACCUGGAAUCCGCCACCAAAGACGGGGACACUCCGCUCCUGAGGGCCGUCAGGAAUAGGAACCUGGAAAUUGUGCACCUGCUGCUGGACAGGAAGGCCAAGGUGACGGCCAGCGACAAGAGAGGCGACACCUGCCUGCACAUUGCCAUGCGGGCGCGGAGCAAGGCCAUUGUGGAGGCCCUGCUGCGGAACCCCAAGCACAGCCAGCUCCUGUACCGGGCCAACAAGGCCGGGGAGACGCCCUACAACCUUGACUCCCUGCACCAGAAGACCAUUCUGGGCCAGGUGUUUGGCGCCCGGCGCCUGAACACCAACGAGGACUCCGAGGGCAUGCUGGGCUACGAGCUGUACUCCUCCGCCCUGGCGGACGUGCUCAGCGAGCCCACCCUGACCACCCCGAUAACCGUGGGCCUGUACGCCAAGUGGGGCAGUGGCAAGAGCUUCCUGCUCAACAAGCUCCGCGACGAGAUGAACAACUUUGCCCGCCAGUGGGCGGAGCCGCCCGUCAAGACCAGCGGCCUGCUCUUCCUCGUCUGCCUGCACCUGGCCCUGCUGAUUGGCACCAUUGUGGGCCUGAGCUCCUGGUCGGCGGUGAUCGGAGUCUCGGCUGCCGUGGGCUUCAUGCUGCUGGCCUACCUCCUCCUGGCGGCCGUCAAGUACUGCAACUACCAGAUGGACCUGCAGUGGGCCUACUCCGUGCAGCAUGGCCUGGAGAAGAGGAUCACCAGGCUGCGACUGAUACUGCAGGUGGCCUUCUGCCAUCCACCCGGACCACAGUCGGACUCCCAGGCCAAGCCGGUCAGGUUCCACUUUGCGGAGGCGAACAGCGCUUCGCCCACCGGCGACGGAGCUGUGGCCCAUAUGCUGGCCUCCCUCCUGGACGCCAUCGAGUCGCACUACGGAUGGCUGGCCACCAGACUGUACCGGGCCUUCCGGCCCAAGUGCCUCAAGGUGGACGUGGGCUGGCGCUGGCGUCGCAUGUGCUGUAUUCCCAUCGUGGUGGUCUUCGAACUGGCUCUGAUCACCCUGGUGACGGGGAUUUCCCUCAUCGUGGCCUACUUCACCUUCGCCAGCGAGUCGGAACGGCCGCAGAUCCUGGUGGCUCUGUAUGUUAUCGCCGCCGUGAUGGGCACACUCAUCUGCACCCACCUCCAUGUCCUGGCCAAGGUGUGCGUCUCCCUCUUCACAUCGCACAUCCGGCAGCUGAAGCGGGCGGUCCGCUCCAGCGAAACAGCCCCUCUGACCAUGCUGGGCGCCGAGGUGGCCGUGAUGACGGACAUGGUCAAGUGCCUGGACGCGUUCACCAACCAACAGAGUCGUCUAGUGGGCGUGAUUGAUGCUCUGGACUCCUGCGACACGGAGAGGAUUCUCACCCUUCUAAACGCCGUGCAAACCCUGCUCUCCUCGCCAAACAGACCUUUUGUGCUGCUCAUUUCGGUGGAUCCGCAUGUCAUCGCCAAGGCGGCGGAGGCCAACAGCAGGAGGCUCUUCACGGAGGGCGGAAUCGGAGGACACGACUUCCUGAGGAACCUGGUCCACCUGCCCGUCUACCUGCAGAACUCUGGGCUGCGGAAGGUGCAGCGAGCUCAGAUGACAGCGCUCCUGUUCAAGCGGAGUACGGGCGGAGAGUAUCAGACGGAGGAUGGAGCCACCCUGGGCCAUUCGGUGUCCGCUCGCCGGUUGUCCAACGCCUCGGAGAUCAUUUCCAGCCAGGAGAAGCUGCGCGGCCAAGGACGAGGUGGUGGUGGCAAGAAGCUGCGUCUCUCCGAGUCUGUGGCCAGCUCGACGGGUUCCAAUCUCCAUCGGCUUGGCCAGAACCCCCAGACAGUGCUCGAUCUUUCGAGGAUUGUGCUAACGGAUGACUACUUCAGCGAUGUGAAUCCGAGGAGUAUGCGGCGCCUGAUGAACGUCAUCUACAUCACGGUGCGCCUGCUCAAGGCCUUCCAGAUUGAUUUCAGCUGGUACCGCCUCAGUUCCUGGAUCAAUCUCACGGAGCAGUGGCCCCUGCGGGCUAGUAUGAUAGUCCUGCACCACGACCAGUUCAUGGACGGCAACGCCGACGAGUCGGUUUCCCUGCAAAGUGUCUACGAAAAACUGCGUCCCAAGCUAGCCUACUUGCGAGAAGCUGCUCCUCUCCUGGAACUGGAUCGCGAUGAGCGGAAACUGGACGCCUUCCUGCAGCUGCACAAGUCGGAUCUUCUCGUGGCGGAUCUCCGCAUCUUCUUGCCCUUUACCAUUAACCUGGACCCCUACUUGAGGAAGGUUUUGAAGGAGGACCAGCAAAUCAUCGAGGAUGAGGGCUCGCUUGUCCUGCAAACGAGACCCAGUGUUUCCAACGCCAUGCGCCAGUUCCCAGCACCCACCACCUACGUGCCUUCGCCUCCGACCUAUCCACCCUACCAGAUGUUCCAGAACGAGUAUCCUCCAGCCAACGAGCUGCGCUCCAGGAAUCUCAGCUCAAGCACUGAACCCGUCACGCCACUCAUUAACUCGCCGAGUGAUUCCUUUGGGGAGGACAUCCUGCAAACCAAGCUUACCGAUCUGACGGUGGACGGAGUCAUCAGCUUGCUGGAGAGGAUUGAUGACAUGAAGCCGGCAAUGGCCAAGCUGGCACCCGUGCUCCGCGAGAACGCCAUUAACGGGCGUGUGCUAAAGCACUGUGAUAUGCCGGAUCUCAAAUCGGUUCUCGGCCUCAGCUUUGGCCACUGGGAGCUGUUCCGCCUGCUCAUCACCACGCUGCGGGAGUGCGAACGCCUGCCCCGGAAGCCCCAGCGCCAGCAGUCCCAGCAGCCCGCCGCCCUGGAACCGCCCUCGAAUGUCCCAAUGAUCAAGGAUGUUACCGACGCCCUGAUGCAGCCACCCCGGGAGUCGUUGUCGCGCAAGAACUCGGUCAGUCAUAUGGAGAAGCAGGUCACGCUGGAGGAGCAAAUGAUCUGCGGAGCGCUGCAGACCCUCAACGAGGAGGCCUUCGAGGAUGUGGCCAUUAGCGAGAGGCCGAGUCCCACAGGUGAGAUGUUGGCGGCUGUCGCCCAACUGCAAUUAGCACCCAUCCGCGAGUCCUCCGAGUUCGGAUCGCCAUCCGACGAGCAGAUGCACCUCAACAACAAUAAGUACUUGCAUGCCGGGUACAAUCGCAGCGCCAGCUCGCACUCCCUGCAGAGUCUGAGCACUCUGGUGGGGGCACCGGGCGUGGCCCACGGUAGCCACACAAGUCAUCUGGGCAAUGAACUCGACACACCGAGUGCCGGAGCGGCAAUGACGACGCCAUUGCUUAGUUCCUCCAGUUCCAGCACCGUUCAGCCAGCGCCUUCGGGUCGCGAGCAGGGCAUCCUGAAGCAGCAGGGCAGCGUCAAGGCCGACAAGAGGGUAUCGAUCCAACAAACGGCGAGCAGCAACAAGCUGGCACCAAACGUGGAGUACGUUUCCGAGCGACAGUCGGACGUCCAGGGAAGCAGCAAGCGCUUGACAACCAAGCCCCCACCAGGACCACGGCCCGCUUCGCUGAUCAUCACCAGAAACGAUUCCAAUUCGCAGAUCCAGCUGCUGCGCUCCUCGUCCGUGGACUACGACGACGUGGAGGCCCAGGAGCACCGGACAACGAUACGGACUACACUGCUGGAGCAGCAGGAGGAGGAGGAGUCCGCCCCCUUCGCAUUUACAGUGCGCAAAUGAUACAAUCUGCUUUAAGCUUAGUUACAAACUAGAUUUAAUACUAUUAGCCAAUAACUAGAGGCCUCAGUCGGAGCUCUGAGUUUCGAGUAUACAAUGCUGUUCUCUAGCAAAAGACAAUUUGUUUUCAGCUCUGAAGUUCGUUCACUACAUGUUACUUGUAAAGUUAUAUACGAUAUAUGAGCAGGUGUAUUUAUUAAUUGUAUAAAAGUUAAGAGUGUUUUUUGCCUGAGAUUUACAAUACGAUAUGUAUAUGCGCGUCGGCGCGGCCUUUGAAGCCUCUGAGAGAUAUAUAUUCGAGACAUAAUACAUAGAGUCCUAGCGCAAUCGAAACUUUGGUAUAUGUAACGUUGUGUGGCUGCGAAAGCUCUUUUGGCAUGUUUUCAUGUUGCCUUUGGUAUAAUGAUUUACAAAUAAAUUCGAUGUGUACUAUUGAGAA